UAUAAAUGCCCGGAUUUAGUGUCGAGCGGUUCCCGGAGCUGUCCGGCGAGGAACGGGACGAUUACACGUGUAGUAUAUGUCAGGAGAUAUUCAACACUCCGGUCACCACAACCUGUUGUCGGCAAUUGUUUUGCGAGGACUGUAUCACUCAAUGGCUUAGAACUAACACUACUUGUCCUUACGAUAGGAAACAACUGACCCGAAGUGGUUUAUCACAACCACCCAGGCUAGUGGUGAACACUUUGAAUCGAUUUAAGAUACAGUGCGACCACUGGGCUAAAGGGUGUCGCGAAGUAAUUAAACUUGAACUUUUACCGCAACAUACAGUCAACUGUCGCUAUAACAAACCCAAGUGUGUUAAGUGCCAAUUGUAUCAAACACCAGUUCACGACUGUAUCGCUGCGUUACUACACGAAAACAAUGAAUUGAAAAAGAAACUUGCUGGCCAAUUGGUAGUGAACGAGGCAAUUACCAACAUGAGCAAGCUCAAUAUUAACGCUCGAGAGUAUUGUCCGAGUGGUCAGAGGGGGCAGACAUCGGGUGCGGAGAGUUUGACUGCCGUUAAACGCAAAGCUGGCGUAGAGAUCAACGCAAUAGAACGGGCGUUACAACGAGUUUAUGAUGGCGUGAGAAAUGACCUUGGUGCCGCAAAUUGUAGCCGUUUCGGACAGUCACUAAAUGACCGUGCUAACAUUACCGAUCAUCAGCUAUUGGUCGAGUGUAGGCGACACGUAUCGGCACCGGAGCUGUUGAAUGACAAUAUGAACCCCGAUAUGAGGGAUAACACUCUGGCUAUAAUACGAGAUCAAUUGGUCAAACAAAAUACCCUGUACAAUGUGUGCAAAUAUGUGGCAAAACAAAUGGACCUGGAGUACGGUGUCAGUUGGCACUGCGUGACUGAUCGUGGUGACUCUGGCUUACCCUAUUACACGUACGACCGAAGCAAUUUAAUGUUGGUUAAAAUCGCCCGGAUCACAUUGCUUUUGUUUCGCACUAAAACA